UUAGAACCAGAUUAAUGGUUGGAUUGUCAGUUUAGUUACGUAAGAGGCUAGGCUAAUUCGAAAAACUCUAACGACUCUGGUAAUUAAGGUUAUUAGUCUUAGAAGUUACUUAGCAUUGCUUAGUUGUCCAGCCGUCUUAGCUCAGUGGUAGAGCGCGUGACUUUUAAUCCCGUGGCCGUGGGUUCGAUCCCCACAGACGGCGUUUUGGUUUUCAAUAACAGUACUGUAAAGUGUAAAUAUCCAUGUUGUGGGAAAUUAGUGGUAAAAUGCUAAAGCAACUGCCACAUUUAUUGACGUAAAACCUGCGAAUGUCGAUACGAGUGAUGUCUGAAGAGUGAUCCUGAGAUCUAUGGAUGACCAAAGUCAUUUUGUGAAUUCUCCAUUUACAUGCUACCUAUUGUGCUGAUUGAGUAGAGCCUCUUUCUUUCAUUUAUGACUGUUCUGGUAUCAAUGGUUGUGAGUUUUCUCUGUGCAUGGUAAAAUUGAUGUAAUCUUACGAGGUAAUAAAUUUGAUUAGUUAAAGUGGAUUUAAUAAAAAAAUAUGGUCUUUUUUUUUUUUUUUUGAUAAUCCAGGUAUCCGGACUUCUCACUUAGUCCGACUAUCCCACCGCGUCCAACCGGAACUGGCGAAGAAGGUCCUAGAGGCCAAACGAAAACCAUGUUAAAUCCGCUAUGACCGGAGCUCGAAUUCGUGAUGGCGGGCAACUCAGUCGAGGUUCCUUUACCACCGGACUACGAGGUCCAGCUAAUAUGGUUAUUAGGAGUAGUGCUACAUAUAUACUUCAAUCAUACACAUGCUUUCGUGGCUGUCAUUUGAUGAUAAACCUGAAUUAAUAGAUUGAGUAAUCUCAAGUACUAAAUUAUCUGUGUUUUGUUCGUUGUAAUGUGAACAUCAACUGUAUAUUUUUCAGUAAUAAUUUUAUCAGCAAGUGGGAUUUAAUAAAUAAUUAUUAUUAUAUAUAGAUAGAUAGAAUGAUGUUUCAACUCUUCAGCCGAAGAAAUUAAAUUAUCUUAGAAAAUAUAUAAUUAGCUUGAUCAAUAGAGAUAUCUUGUAGUUUUAUCAUUUUUAUAUGUAUGCAUUAUAUCAUAAAAUGAAAUUUAUUUUGUUUUCUCUAGGAUAAAAUGUUACAGAAAUAAAAACUAGUUUAAGAAAUUGUAAAAUAUUCAAAUUUGUUUGUUUAAAACAGAUUCCACCCUUUCGUUUGUGUGCAAAGACGAUAAAGUUCCAUUGACUUCGGAUACAAGGAAUCAAAGAGAUUAGUUAGUCCCACUGGCUUGUACGACAGAAGGAAAAAAAUCCAUAAUAAUUGGCCUAACAAAAGCGACGUGCUUGCUCUAUCACGAAAGGGAUCCAACUAGUCAUAAUAACAAUUGUCCAUUAAUUUAGCCUUUAAAAACUAAUUAGUUAGACAUAAUUAUACAAAAUUAUUAGACUAGUUCUUACAAGCGAUCCAAGUCUUGUACGUUUUAGUUAUUAACUCCACUUGACAGGGAAAAAAAUGAACUCGUAUCUUUCAUACACACAUUAUAGUAAAAAACAAUGUUAUGUUUGUGUUAAAAAGACGUGAGCUGAUAGUUUAUUUAUUGUUAUUUUACUAAAGUCAUACAAAAAUGUGACAUAGACAAGGUCCUGGAAAAGAAACACUAGGUUUCAUUAGUUUAAUAAAAAUAGCACGAUGAUUAUAUAAAUCAUCAAGGUGGAUCAUUACAGGAUCAUAACAACUGUGAAAGUGAGUUGAAAAUACCAUACCAUCAAUGGCUAAGAGAGCGGUACUGAUAGGAAUCAACUACGUAGGGACGAAGGCUGAGCUACGAGGGUGCGUCAACGACGUCCGUCGGAUGCAUGUAAGCCUCGUUGAACGUUACGGGUUUUCCGACAAGAACAUCAAACUGUUGAUCGAUACUGAUAGCUCUACCAUCAAACCGACGGGCAAGAACAUCCGACAGGCGUUGUUGGAUCUGGUUCAACCCGCUCAACCGGGGGAUGUUCUCUUCGUCCAUUACAGUGGACAUGGGACCAGGUUGCCGGCUGAAACUGGAGAAGACGAUGAUACCGGUUACGAUGAGUGUAUUGUUCCUUCUGAUAUGAAUCUUAUCACAGAUGAUGAUUUUAGGGAUCUUGUGGAUAUGGCACCGAAGGAUUGUCCCAUUACAAUAGUUUCAGACUCUUGUCACAGUGGUGGUCUCAUCGAUGAAGCCAAAGAGCAGAUUGGAGAGAGCACAAAGAAGAAGAAGAAGAAAGACUCUGGAGAAUCUUCAAGAACCAACAAGGAGACAGGAGUAGAGGAGACAGAGACCAAAGAGAUUACUGAUUUGGGGAGCAGAUCUCUGCCAUUAGAGACUUUGAUCGAUAUGCUGAAGCAAGAAACAGGCAAAGAUGAUAUCGAAGUAGGGAAAAUCAGAACAACUCUUUUCGAUAUGUUUGGAGAAGAUUCAAGCCCAAAGGUGCAGAAGUUCAUGAAUGUGAUUCUAAGUAACCUACAAGAGACUACCACUGGUCAGACUAGUCAAGGUGAUAUAUUGGAAUCAGUUGCAAACCUAACUCAAGAGUUUCUUGAGCAGAAGAUAAAUGAUGUUGUGAUACCUGCGAUCCACGAGGUCUAUGCUGGUGCAAUCAAUGGUGCACUUCCGGAUAAUGGUAUACUGAUCAGUGGUUGUCAAACUGAUCAAACAUCUGCUGAUGCAAGCCCACCGGGUCACCCGGAACAGGCUUAUGGAGCACUAACCAAUGCUAUACAAAUCAUACUUAAGGAGACUAAUGGUAAGAUUAGUAACAAGGAUCUUGUUUUGAAGGUUAGGAAACUUCUUAGGAAACAGGGGUUUGAACAACGACCGGGACUGUAUUGCAGCGAUGAUUAUGUGAAUGAUCAGUUUAUAUGCUGAAAAAAGUUUGGAGGGUUUUGUUGGUUUGGUUUCGUGUGGAACACGUUUUCUUAUUUGUGUGGUGUGUUGCUUUGGUUUGUUAUUGUAACUUUGAAUUUGAAUAAAGUGUAACUUUUGUUUUGUU